AUGGUCGUCCUCCACGCGGUAACCACGGACCGAAAAGCUCUUCGGGAGCGGACCGAAAAGCUCUUCAGCUGGCUUUCUUUCUUCUGCUCCACCCAAAUCCAAUUUAGGGUUUUGGUUCUUCCCCGAUCCGCGAGAAUUCGACGGGCGGCCGGCGGCGACCUAUCAAGGAUCUCGAUCUCUCUUGCGGCAGCCACCCGUUCCUCCGACGCUGAUCAGGAUGCAGAGAUCCGGAUAGAUAUAAGAUUCGUAGUGAUUUAUACCUUCCUUGAGAUCGGGAUAAAAUUCUUGUGCUUUUGUUCCCGUGGUGCUUGGAUGGAUGAUAGGGUGGCUCCGCAGAGGCGAUUGCAAGAUCUUGAGGGCUUCGAUGGCGUCGAAACAGGCUUAUACAGGCGUCAUGGCUGUCAUAUUAUUGUUAUACUGUAAUUGCAUCAAAGUUAUUCAAAUAAUAGCUGUUAUCUAUAUCACUUUUUAAAAAAUAUAUCAGAUAAUUAUGCAA